UGAGCCCCUCGGGCCGCGGCUUUGCUCAGCACCCAGUCGGGGGAGGCAGCCCUCGGAGGGGGCCUGCGGCCGCGUCCAGGCUCCGAGCCGCAGGGCGCUGCUCCCUCCUCCUCCCCGGCACCUACCUCCCGUGGAGAGGGCAGGAGCUCCUUGGCGACGUGCUUUGAAGUUACAAGUGCAAGCAAGCCCUUGCAGGCCUCGGGAUUUACUUUCAGCAUGUUUGGUCACGCCUCCCAAUCACUACCAUCAAGCUAAACAUCCUCCCUCUCCCAAAUGAGCUUAAUUAGGAAAUUAGCUUGUUAAUUAAUUACCAAGACUAUAAAAAUACUACAGCAACAUUAGGAAAAAAGGAUCAGGAUCUUGAAGGGGGUGCCUGUGGAAGCUGAAGGGACAUCCUGAACUUCAUAAGCCUGACACUGCUGGGAUACUGCAUCAUGUUGUCCACAAAGAGGAACAGUACCAAUAUCCUGACCCUAAAGGAAAUCCUGGAAAAUGGCUUUGUGGCAGGGGCCUCCAGCCAUAGCCUUUCUUCUCCUGUCCACAGUUACUACAUGGACUCUAGCAGUGCCUCAAAACCUGAUACCUGGGAGCUCUUUCUAAACCUGGACAACACAGCAAUAGGCAGCUCUCUGUAUGUCGUCAAGCAGUCAGAGUCUCUGAAUAGCUGUGUGAAGACUGACCUGCUCGAUCUGACCCAGGGAGUCUCUGACAGCAGUCUUGUCUCUUUCUGCAAGACCCCUCGUGGUCAAGCUGUCUUUGAUUUGUCUGGUUUGCCUUCUGAGCACCGCAGCAGAGGACUGGGGUGCCACUCCAUGAUGGAUGUGGUCUCGCAGAACACGUCAACGCCAUGCAAGAUGGAAAAGCAUCCCAAACCACUGGAGAAUCUGUUCUCCAAAGGCACUGAGCUUGUAACUGACACUUUCACCCUCGGGAAGCCACCAGCACCCAGAUGGGAGAUUUCUGAAAUAAAAGCCCCACUGGACACCAAUCUGUCACUUGACAUAAGUGCUGAAGAGCUAAGGUUGCUGGGAUGUUCAAAACCAGAUACCCCAUUGCUGGAAACCUCAUCUGUAGUAGUUCCUCUAGCUUGGCCUGGUGCUUUGAAGAGGUGCCCUACUCUGAUCCGUAGGUCUUCCACCUGUGAGACUCAGCCAAGUGAUCUCGAGCCUGUAUCUAUGUUUCUGCAUCAAGCCCUGUGAUGUCGCUGCCCUAGCUCCAAAUCUAAGUAAAUCUCUUAAACUGUGUGUGUUCGGCUCAUCGGACAGCUUCAGGUAACUCCUGUGAUACUGAUCAUAAUACACUUCACAAAGUAACAGGUGUAAACUCCAGCACAGACGAUUACAAAGCUGAGCUGCUUCCUACCCUGAACUGAGCCAGGGGCUUGCUUGCUGAUGAAACUACCUGUUGCUGCUGAUGUAGGUAUAACUUUUAAUGUUCCAGCUAGAGAUGACUUACUUGGAAAACUGCUUGGGGCACUACUGGAUGGGGAAAGCUUGGAUCAUUUGUUAGCUGCAGUGCCCAGAAAGCUGCCAUAAGCUAAUGCCAAUUAAUUGGUGCUGCUCAGUGACAUGCAGCUCUAGUGGUUUCCCAGAGUAGUUCUCUUCCCUCCCCUAUC